AUGAGUCUUCCCAACGAACCGCGUCCUAUUCAGGAGUAUGAACCACACAGCGACUCAACAGACAUGGAGAAAAAGGAAUACCCCGUAGACCACACGGAUGACCCCUUUGGGAAUGAAGAUUCCGGGGAAGUCAAGUAUCGUAUCAUGCCCUGGUGGCAAGCUGGAACGCUGAUGGUCGCGGAAAAUAUUUCCCUCGGUAUUCUGUCCCUUCCAUCAGCAGUGGCAACCCUUGGAAUUGUCCCCGCAUUCAUUAUUAUUAUGGGCCUUUCCGGUAUCUCAUGGUAUACUGGAUACGUAAUGGGCCAAUUCAAGCAGCGUUACCCUCAAGUCCACAGCAUGGGUGAUGCUGGAGAGCUGCUUUUAGGUCCCAUCGGACGCGAAAUCUGCUUCGUCGGCCAGCUGCUGUUUAUCAUCUUCCUGAUGGCCAGUCACAUUCUUACCUUCUCGGUGCUGUUCAACACCAUCACGAACCAUGGCACCUGCACCAUUGUGUUUGGAGUCGUUGGCUUGAUCGUCAGCUGCAUCGCAGCCCUCCCACGGACGUCAGAGAAAGUCUACUGGAUGUCCAUCAUCUCCGCUCUCAGCAUCACCAUCGCUACCGUCGUCACCAUGGUCGCCAUUGGUGUCCAGGCCCCCGAUAACGUUCAGAAUGAUAUCACGACCAGCCCGACCUUCCAGGAGGCUUUCCUAGCAGUCACCAACAUCGUCUUCGCGUUCGUUGCCCACGUUUCUUUCUUCGGUAUCAUGUCGGAGAUGCAGGACCCUCGCGAUUUCCCCAAGUCCCUCGCUAUGCUCCAGAUUGUCGAUACCACUAUGUACGUCGUGACCGCCAUGGUCAUCUACUGCUAUGCCGGCCCUGAUGUUGCCUCACCGGCUCUCUCCUCGGCUGGACCUGUCAUGAAGAAAGUUGCGUACGGUUUGGCUAUCCCAACAGUUAUCAUCGCCGGUGUCAUUUUCGGCCAUGUCGCAUGCAAGUAUAUCUACGUGCGCAUCUUCCGCGGUGAUCGCUCCCACCACAUGCACCAGAAGACCUUCUUGGCUACGGGCACAUGGGUCGCAAUUGGUCUCACCACUUGGACUGUUGCCUGGGUUAUUGCAGAGUCUAUUCCCGUGUUCAAUGAGUUGUUGAGUUUGAUUAGUUCCCUAUUUGGAAGUUGGUUCAGCUAUGGUCUUCCUGCCAUUUUCUGGCUCGUGAUGAACAAGGGUGUGUGGUUCUCGACACCUCGCAAGAUCGCCUUGACGAUUCUCAACUUUGUGAUUCUCGGAAUUGCUUGCGCUAUCUGUGGAUUGGGACUUUACGUCUCGGGCUUGGCUAUCAACAAGAGCUCGCAAAAGGCUAGCUGGACUUGUGCCAACAACGCCACCUAA